UCCGAGUUUCGCGGGAGGGCUCUUGAGCGCGUAAACCGUAUCCCUUCAUUCAUCAGGCCGUUUCCUGAAGCCAUUUCUAGACGGGGGGAACCACAGUUGCGCUACUUUUUAAUCCGUUGCAUCUGCCUAAAUGCACUUUCUUAAGGACAAAUACUUUACAAAAGUCGAUGCAUCAGACUGUUAUCUUUACUUCGGUCUGAUUAUUUUUGUAACUAUCGCGGCGGAUUAGUCGACAUACGGGCUUGAAAGUACAGAGACGAGAAAAAAAAGGGUUACACCGAAUACGCAAGAUGAGGAGAGGGAUCUCCUCGGCUCCGGACAAAGUGAUUUUAUCGGGGGUCGGGGGCUCUCCUCUGGACAACAACAUCAUUUUAACAACUCUCACGGAUCGUUUAAACCCCGGUCAAGCCAACGCGACGUAUAUCCAAAUAAUAACCACCCCGCCGCCUUGCAACGUUACACAGACAUCCACUGUGUGUUUGUCUGAGGCUCAGAUAAACAACAUUUACACAACUCCACAGCAGGCUGCAGCAAACGGAGCCGGACAACGACCCACUCUGGGGAGACCGCCGGCAAAAAGGCGGUUGGCGCUCGAUGAUUCAGACCACCAGUACCAGUCAGAACCAGCCAGGACUCCAAGAGGCCGAGGAGGGACCGCGGUGGCCAAUGGGGCACGGCUAAAGACACCCAGAAUAGCACCAAAGUCCCCACCAGAGAAGACUCGAUACGAUACCUCCCUGGGCUUGUUGACGAAGAAGUUUGUGGACCUUCUUGCUCAGUCCUCUGAUGGUGUUUUGGACCUCAACCUCGCCGCUGAAACCUUACAGGUACAGAAAAGGCGGCUGUAUGAUAUCACCAAUGUGCUAGAAGGCAUUCACCUCAUCAAGAAGAAAUCAAAGAACAACAUUCAGUGGAUGGGCUGCAGUCUGUUGGAGGUAGAAGGGGCACUGAGCCAGAGACAGAAGCUAACAGCAGAGGUUUCUGCACUGGGGGAAGAAGAGCAGAGGCUCGAACAACUCAUCCAGAGAUGCAGCCUGGAUAUGCGACACAUAAGCGACUUGCAAAGCAAUCAGAAAAAUGCAUAUGUAACGUACCAAGACAUCAAACAGCUGGGAAACCUCAGAGACCAGACUGUCAUUGUCGUCAAAGCGCCCACAGACACCAAACUAGAAGUACCAGACCCUGAUGAGAGUUUGUCAAUCCAUCUGACCAGCACCAAGGGUCCUAUAGAAGUCCUGCUUUGUCCAGAUGAGGAGAAUGACCCCAAGAGUCCUGUAAAAGACAGCUGCAUGGACAUCAAUGGGAACUCACCUUUCCUCAAAGUCCUUCAAGGUCCCACUUGCUCAUCCACUUCUGCCAUCGCCUCCCUGGCUCCACCUUCUUCUUCCUCAGCCGUCUCCGUCACCACUCUCUCCCCGAUCUCGUCCCCUUACACUAGUCUGCUCCAGCAAACAGAAGACCAGAUCCCUUCAUCCCUGGGGCCUUUCUUAAACCUUGGGCCUCCUCUUCUGGACCAAGAUGACUACCUUUUAGGUUUGGCAGAUGACCAGGGAAUCAGCGACUUGUUUGACGCCUGUGACUUUGAUAAAAUGCCCUCUCUUGGCCUGGAUGACCUCUUGUGCAGCUAACAUUGGGUAACAUAAAUUCAUAGGGAGGGAGAGAGAGAGAGAGAGAGAGAGAGAGAGACUUAGUGAGGGUUUUGAUGCCGGUGCCUGACUAGUUAGCGGAAACCAAUACUAAAUAGAUGGAAAGGAAUCACUGAGGGCUAAAUGCCAUGUUCUUUCAUGGUGUGAGAGAUAAAUGGCGUGCAGGAUUUCACUCAAAAGACACGACUGGUCAGUGUAGAGACGUAUCCACUGCUCUUUGUCUCCGGCUAUGUAAGGCCUCCAGUGUAGCUGGGCGUUGGGAGACAUCCUAAAGCUGUUUUUUGUUCACUAUAAAUUUGGAGGGGAAGGAUAUACACUUCUGUGUACGCAAGGUUCACGUCACAGUAGAGAGAGAGAACAGCAAAGAUGGAACAGCUCGAAGGAAAACGCCCCACCCCCCCACCCACCUGGUAUUAAUGCACAUCGUGGGUGAGCAUACGUGUGAUGGCACCUGAGAUGCACAUAUAUGAUCACCAAAAAACAUCAGCAGAAUGCUCAAGGGUAGGGACGAGGAAAACUGUUCACUGAAUAAUCUCAAAGUAUCCUGCAAAUAUUUAACACACACACACAAGAACGGCUAAAUUGUGAAUGUAAAAACAUUAAAGGCAGUGUUGAUAAUCUUUAGGCGCAUUUUUGAUAUAUAUUUUUAAAGUUCUUAAUACGUCCUGAGAGCAAUCCAUGAAUCAAAUGCUUUGACAGAAAAGAAAAAUAAUCUGGUGUCGCAGGACUGUAAUAAGCACGUUCAAUUGUUCCAUUCGGCCCUGAAUGUAGUGAUUGGUUGCCUGUCGGUCUACCUGUCUGUCUACCUGUCUACCAGCCUGCCUGAGAGUAUUCUGCCCGGGCACUUAUUGCUCGUCUCCGCAGUCUUCCACAAGCUGCGAGUAUUAACAAUAGCCAUAUACGUUGUUUCGGUUCAUUUUUCUAUGUUUACAUUCAUAAUGAUAAGAGUGGCUUUGGCCUGAAGAAACGCGGCGUCAAUGCCGGGUACUUGGCAAUUUUCUUGCUAGAUUGAUCAACUUUUCAAACUAGUGCUGCUAGCUACUUUAAUUGAAAAUGAUUCUUUUAUAUUCUUGCGUACGCUUGCUAUCUUCAUAAGAUUACCAACCCUGCCUUUUCGAAAUCUUUCACAUCAAAGCAAUUUUUGUCUUGUAAUUGAAAUAAUCCCGAACCGAAUCAAUAUGGAAUCAAAUUAUGACCGCGCGAAUCAGAAUCCAAUCAAUUUGGGAAAUUAGUGGCGAUACCCAGCACCUGAUACAUAUCUAUUAGACAGAUCAACAUGCUGCCAUGUGAUGCACUUGUCAGAUGUCAUCCAGAUGUGUUGACGCCAAGUGCUUUUGGGGCUAAUGAAUACAUUAAUGUUCUGAUAUAAGGCUCAUACUGCUGACCGGUAAAUAGGCAUUUUGUGUGUGGGACGUUUUAGAAAUUUGAAUUAUUUAAAAAAAACGACGCAGUUUUGAUACACGGCAGUCACAACUACAGCAGUUGUCAUCUUGUGAUUAAGUUAGGUUUUGGUCACCUGAUCUUGUCCACUGAGACACUUGUUAGGUAUUUGGACCUAUAAUUACAAAGUUACUAAAGAAUGAGUAUUUUGUCCAUUUAAGCACGAUUUAGAUGUAUUGAGAACUGCAAAACAGUUCAUAAACGUUUCCUGAAUGCACAUGACAUUGUUACCCCAUUUAAAAUGACAAUGCAAAUAAUAGGAGUGUGUAGUCUAAAAGGAGACGAGUGUACAAUAGUUUUACAUGUACAAAAUACUUACAGUAUGCCUUAUGGCUAAUAAUUUGUUUGAUCCCCUUGCACACAAUUUGUCUCGUGCUAUAUCCUCCAUAUUCAAAAGGAUUUAGUAGGCGAGUUUAAUAAGGGAUCUUUGUUAGCUGUCCACCUGAUCAGCCUGUUGUCUCCUGUUAAUGUGGGCAACCUCAUAUUUCGUAAUUCAAUUUACAGUUUGAUGCAUACAAAAAUGUUCAACGUGAGAUUGUGAUGUUUAACUUUCAAUGACCCAUGUGAAAACAGCAGAAAGAAAGCCAUCAUACCCGGGCAGUGUGGGGUUAAGCAAAAACACCUGAUGUACUUGUAUAAGCCUAGCACGUUGGCCCACAUGAUAUGCAAACUCAGAUAUCAUCUCUAACUCAUACUUUUAUUGAUACUUUUUGAAAUCAGGACCCAAACUUCCCCUUUCUUGCUGCUUUUCACCUGUCCCUUCAUCAGCAGAAGCUGCCAUAACCAAACAUACCCUAAUGCCUCCUCACUUGGACUAUGUGCUGUGAAAUCCUACUGUGGUUUGAUUGGUCAAAUUGAACUUAAUCAAUGCACGCUGCCUACUCUGUGUGUCCUGAAAGCAGUGUAGGAGAGAGGAACUGCGCAUAUUUGUCUUUUUAGGUUUAAUAAGUGUUGACUUUUUAAUAGAUUUUAAUACUGUAGAAAUAACUAAUGCUAUCCAGGUCAUCUAAGCAACAAGUGGCCAGGGGCCACUCAUUUAGGCUUCAAUAUGUAAUGAAGGGCCCAUAACAUGAUAUUUACAACAACAAAAAAAUGAGGAAAAAGAGAAGAAAAAUGUACUAAUAGACCCUGUUUUGUAAAUUGAGCAAAUGCAGUGCAACGCGCCAUGUUUCAGUGUCGGUCAUACUGUUGUGUCGGGCCGCCGAGUCUUCACCAGUGGUUGAUCAAGAAAAGCCAGCUCGAGGACUUGCUGACGGGAUGUGUUUUUGUUGUGGUAUUUGGAACACCAUUGCAGUUCACUUCUGGUGGUUUCUCGUGUUUGAAGACAUCCCUUAUGCUAACGUAACGCAAACAUCUCGUCUGAAACCCUGGCUUUCAAUCUAGAGAAACCUGCGGCUGCAGGUAAUGUUGCUGCUGUUGGUGUAAACUCCCCUUGCCCUGAUUGAUGUGCCCUUGAGUAAUUGCAUGUGUGAGUAAUGUGAAAGAAUAGCCUGCCAUGUGUAAAUUGAUGUACAGUUUUCUAAAUUUUUCAGUGCACAAGGUACUGUAGGCUACCUCUCACUUAAUGUUGGACUAUAGUAUUAGGGCAAAGAGGUAAAUGCCAUAGUGUGUAUGAGUCUUUGAAUUCCCCUUUUUCAUAGAAAUUCCCCCUUGCGUUAUUUAGAUGUGAUGUUGGAUAUUACAUCGCACUUUUUCUUUUUCGAUAUGUGUGAGAUUUCACUCAUACCCUGAUUUAAUGAGUAUGCCUUUCCUCUUAAACCGGUCUCAUACUGUUGCAUCUUAAAUUUGAAUAUUGGGGUGCACAUUUAAUCGGUAGAAAAGUGGAAUCUUUUUUUGUUUUCAAUCUUUUUCCCCAUAAGUUAUUUACGUCUUGUUUUCAUCUCUUUGACACAAACGUGUACACAUUCAAUGAUGCAUUCAUGUACUCAUUCUCUCGCAGUUGGCCUGUCUGCGCUUUACUGGCCAUUAGGAGACAUUGCCAUGUCUAUAUACACCACUGAAUCAUUAUCAGUGACUUGUGUCCUCUGCAGAAAGUGUGUGUGUGGGGGGUUUCGCUUCUGUGACACCGUGUGUCCGUUUUAUUUUUGGAAAGAUGUGAGGGAGUCUAACAAAUUUUUUUUUUUCCAUGGAGAGUAUUGCCUGUUGAAACAACUACGCAAAAUCAAAACCCAAUCAUUAACAUGAACCUCACCCAUUCAGUUGAGGAUAAAAUACAGUUUCUUAGUCAGCAUAGAGCUUAAUUAGUGCUAUCAUAAGUGAAUGUAAAAUUUGACUUAAAUGCACAUAAAUGCUCUGAUUGACAACACAAUUCCUAUAGGCAUAUUUAUAUACAUUUAUUUUAUAUGUAUUUAUGGAGAAAAUCAAGCUCUAUUUUCCCCAUUUGGUGCACAAACCUCAAUUGUGCUAUUUACAAAGGUAAUUAUAUUUUCCUCCAUCUAUUUCAAGUGGCCAGAAUCUGGUCCAAAUAUUUUAUCCACUUUUACAUGAUGGAAACAUGAUUUUUGGGAAGAUUGUACCUUUCCAUGGGUUUCUAAUGGAAUGUUAAAGAUUUUAAUGCACCGCUUAAGCUUGUGUCAUUGCCGAUGAGUCUGAAAAAUAUAUUAUGGGUGACAUGAAAUUACAGCUCCAUCAUUUCUAAUGUGUGAUUGAUGUGAUUUGACCUUACAUAAUCACUUCAUUAGGCGUUAGGUGUUAACUGUAGUGGAGAUUGAAACAGCACUGUUGUACCUGCUAUUUUCCUAUGGUUAUUCUUAAGCUGUUACCAAAUACAAUAUACUGAUCGGUAAAUAUUCUGUAAAGGUUAUGUGAAAUGGUAACUAUUUCAUAGGAAAGAAUGGGCUGUAAAAUGAGGAUAUUGCUGCCUGUUUCCACUAAUUACAGAAAUGUAUCGCAACGAAAUUUGAAUGCAUGGGUGAAAGUAACGGUGUGCUGUUGAAUGUUGAAGGUAAUCAUAUUUGAUAUCUUUGAUGUAUGUUAUACGAGUUUCUUUAACAUCUGUCAAAUGAAGAAGUUGAGUUGUAUUUGUUUUUUGGGGGGGGAGGG